ACACAAGUCCGGAACAUGAAAAGAUCGGGUGACAGUGAGGGGGAGAAGAGAAGAAAGAGGCGGAAGCUACUGCAGGAGUUGGGAGACCAGAAGAUCCCCUUUCUGGGACCUGCAGAUCGGGGCUAUCAGCAACUGUGGGACUCCAGUUACUCCGGCCUGGUUCUGAGGAGAUCCCUCUCGCUGCCCGCCGAGCUCCAUGGUCGGGUGCAGACGGCUCUGUUCACCCUGAGAAGGAAGGGCUGCCUCCUGAGAGAUUUGGUUCGCAUCCGUGAACGAGAUGUGUUCACCGCCGUGUCACGGACUCUGCUGGGUGAGCCGGGCCACACCUAUCGCUAUCUGGACACACGGCUCUUUGCCAUCCCCUGGCACAGCGAGGACACCGAGCUCAAAGGACAAAACUGUUGUGACCCGGAUUUCAGGGCUGCUUGCAAGGCAUUGUGUGAGCUUAACACCUUCUUCUGCUCCGAUGUGUCUCUGCUGAAGGAAGGAGACAGGCUUACACAAGGUGCGAAGGGGGAGGCAGAGGCCAAACAGGGUGAAGAGGGGGACACAGGGUCUAAACACAGCGAAGACUCCAAAAAUAGUGAAGGAGGGGACUCUGAGUCCCGACAGAGUGAGGAGGGGGACGCGGAGUCCAAGCACAGCGAGGAGUGGGACAUUGAAGAAGAAGGUUGCUCUGGGUCGAAACAAGAAGGCGAAUGGGAGACGGAGUCCAAACCCAGCAGUGAGGAGGGAGAGUCCCGCCAGGUCAAACCGAGCGAAUCGGCUGUCGCAGCAGGAUCGGAGCACAGCGAAGGAAGACUCCCCGGCUGGGCGCCUAAGGCCGUCGGUGGCACAGAGAUUAAACCUGCGGGACUAGGGGCCCCGGAGAAACCUGUGGCGCAACUCAAGCAUAGCUUGUCAGAUCACCACAUUAAAGACAGGGACGAACAGGCAAGCGGGCUGGGGUGUUCCCAGCCGAGUCCUCGACAGGUAUGCACCGGUCCGGUCAAGUUCAAUGUCACCUUACUCAACUACAUGGACCCAGCGGCUAUGAGCCAGCUCAAAGAGGAGCCUUACUAUGGCAUGGGGAAAAUGGCAGUAGGGUGGCACCACGAUGAGAACCUCAUCAGUCAUUCUCCAGUGGCUGUUUACAGCCAUAGCUGUCACAAUGACAAAGGUGAGAGCAGUGAGGGAGGCAGCGGUGAGGAGGCAUGCUGGAGGAUCGGGCUCAAGGUAGCCUGGGACAUCCGCACACCUGGCCUGACGCUGCCGCUGGAGUCUGGAGACUGCUAUUACAUGAGAGAUGACCUGAACAGUACCCACCAGCACUGUGUCCUGGCUGGAGAGACCGCACGCUUCAGCUCUACUCACAGAGUGGCCGAGUGUUCCAGUGGGACCCUGACCUACAUCCAGUCGCGGUGUCAAGAGGCCCUGUCCAACCUGCACACUGACCCAGAGACGGGCUCCCACAGCCUGCUGGCCCUGCUGCCAACAACGCUACAGCACUGUGAGGAGAUUCACAAUGAGGUGGAGUUUGAGUGGCUGCGGCAGUAUUGGUUUCAGGGCCAGCGCUUCGCCCGCUUCUGCAGCUGGUGGACCGGACCGAUGGAGCAGCUGGAGAAGGACUGGAAGCUCAUGGAGACGAUGACUAUGCUCUUCCUGGAUACAGUGGAGGAGGAGGAGGAGGGUCAGGAAGGAGAGGGAAGGAGGGAGAUGGCAGAAACCCUGCUGUCUGCCUUGACAGACCGACAGCAGCAAAGACAGACAUGGAGAGACAGGUGCCACUCAAGUCUGGCGCAGACAUUACCCCCUCAGGAGGCCCCAGUGGACCGGCCCUUCUGGGGUGUGGAUGACCCCAACAUGCCGCUGCCCUUUGAUCUGGCUGACAUCAUCAACAGAGUGGAGUCACUGCUCUGGAGGUGGGCCCGAGAUGUUGAAGUGGGGAAAUUUGAGUUGUAUGUGCACGUUGUACACAUACAACUCGUUUACUUGUUAAUCAUCUGUGAUUUAAUGGUCAUUUAAUGUAUUUAUUAUUUUUAUUUUCACAUAAAUUCACACAGCCACAUGGGUGUUGGUGUGAUUAUUUGCAGACCAAUGCAUGAUUCGAGACAUGAUGAAGAGUCAAGUAAGAUAGAUAGAUAGUAUUUUGCAUGUUGUGCAUGUGAAGCAACAAAUGCCGAAAACAACAUUACAAUAUCACUUUUUCAACAUUGGGAGCUGCACAAGGCAGAGGUUUGUCCUGGCCUUGACCACUUCAACACCUGCGUUCACACAUAUUUUACAUGCACACUCUACAAUAUGCUCAGCAAGUCCUUUCACAGACUCCAAUAGUAGAUGUAUUCAGUGGUAUUCAGUAGCAUUGGUGGUUGGAGUGGCCAAUACAAUACAUUACACUUGCUGAAGUUCAACAAUGUUGGUCUUCCUAUUGAUCAAACAUAAAAGUAUCCUGGGCCCCUCUAGACCUGCAUUAAGGCAUUUCAACCACUCGUCUCAGAGCAACCCUUUGAAUGGUCAAUAUAUAAACUCAACUGAGCUUCUGUAAAUAUAUUACGGUCACAAUUACAUCGCAGCGUUAAGAUAACCUCAUGUCCAAUCAUAACAUAUAUGUUUCGUCUUUGUCAACAGGAUGUGAAGGAUGGAUAGAGGAAGUGAGAAGGGAAAACCCACCAGCUUUUGUGAAUGCCCCCCCCCCCCCCCCCCCCACAUCAGCUGAGAGGACAGACACCUCUGUUGUGAUUCCACCAAGAUUGAUUUUGUUUCGAUUGGUUCUUCUGCACCCCUCCCAUCCACCCCACCCCCCCCUACUCCACUGACCCCGGCUUCUCAGCCACCCCUGCUUGGAGUUGGAAUAGUGGAAUAGUGCUUCAGUAACAUGCCAACAACGCAAGCUUAGCGACGAGCUACUAGUGUCACGAUGGUCUAACGAAACAUAAUAAUAGCGGAACCUGCAUUUCAGUGUUAGCAUACAUUGUGUAACUAUUUAUUAUUUCAGUGUAUUCUGUUACUUAAUCUCAUGUAACCCAGACAUGCUUGUAUCAAUAGACUAACUCAUUGUCAGUAUUUACAGUGCACGCAUAUAUGCUUUCUAUUCGUCACACAGUGUUAUAAUACAGUAUACAACAGUACAAAUUGCUCACAUAGUAUUUCAUUCUUCACUUGUGUAUAUUGUGUUUUAUUGUGUUCAGAAAUAGAAUGAACCUGAAGCGACCAAAGAAAGAUUAUUGGAAGAAAGUCAUGAAUGUCACCCAAUGGAGAGCGUGAAGAAUGUGCUGUUCAGUGUUUUACGACGUGAUUGUGUGCUUGUGCCAUGCGGAGGUGUGACAGCCUGUAUGUGUGCAUUGGUUUGUUUGUGUGCAUUUAGCCAUGUGAAUAUACAUGUGAUCAGUUGUUGGCCUGUGUGUUCGUGCACGCUUCCUCUCCCACAUGUCUACAUGACGGCACGAGUGUAUGAAUGUGAUAGUGUGCGUGUGUGUGUGAGCCUGUAGGCAGCCUGCCGGUUGUUUGUUCUUGAAGAUAUGCAUAUGGAGAAACAGAGGCUAGCAGCGGGGCCCCUGCGCCUCUGCUCCGAUGAAAGGCAACACUGAUAGAAUGACCCGGAACACAACCGCCAUUUCUCAUAAGUACAGCUGUUCAAUCGCUUUUAAUUACUCUUAAAGUGUGUAGAGCACCACAUUCCCCUGUAAUGCUGCAGGCCAUCCGAGAAAGCGAGAGAAAGAUCCGGCGCUUCUGACAAAAUCCACUUUCAAAACAGCUAAGAAGGGUGGAAAAGGGGGCCGGCUUCAGAGCAGUGUAGAAGCCCUACUUGUUUGAUUCCUUUUCUCUAUCUAGCUCAUGAUGAAGUAGAGACGCUGUUUACUAUUAAAAAUGCAGAGUGCACUCCUUUUUUUUUACUUCUGAAGUUUCCAAGGCGUUAAUGGUUGCCAAACGCUGUUCUUCUUGCUUCUUCUUUUGCAGCGCCUCUCUUGUUUGUUGUUGUCAGAGAUUUGUUUGUAGAUCGGCAGUAGCGUUGACUUGUUUGAAUCACUCUGUGCUCCCUGUGCCACAGCUUGUCUGUCUGAAGCAUUAGGAAUGGCAGUAAAUAAAAAGAAAUCCAACAA